AUGUCUGCUGGCAACACUUCAUUGGAGGAUGAUGAACAAAUAGUGAACUCAAAAUCAGCAAACGUUUUUCGUUGGAUUGCAGAAACGCACUUUGCUAGUGUGCGUUAUUUCGAUGAUGAGAGCAAGAAAAUCCACAUUGUUCCUAUUGAAAAAAUAAAGAAUUUUGUGGUUUUGGAUAAAUAUAAGGAACCAUAUUUUGUAAAAAGGCUGAACACUGAAACUAUGGAAGAAAGUUUGAUUGCAGCUCAAAUUAUGGAAUUAGGAACUAAUGAAGAAGACUUGAAACAUAACAAACAACGCUAUGUCUUUAAAAAACUGCGCUACAGUGAUGCCGUACAAAAAAUAUUAGAUAAAGAAAAUGCAGAGCCUAAUAAAACUAAAAAAGAAACGGAGUUCAAUAAUGAGAGGACAUUGGAAGAGGACAAUGAAAAUAUAAUCAAUGAGAAGUUGGAAACUUUAAAUUGAGAUGCUAUAAUAUUUGAAAGAAAUCAUAACAAAUUUUUGAAAAUUCCAUCUACUGUAGAUAAGAAAACAUGCAAAAUGGACAAUGAAGAUAUAAUUAUUAAUGAGAAAUUGGAAACUUUAAAUCGUAACGCUA